AUGCUUAUCAACAAACCUCCGGACAGUGGGAAGCUCACCUCUCGACAUCCAAUGCAUCAGGAUCUGCAUUACUUCCCCUUCCGACCGGCGGAUUUCAUUUGCUGCGCAUGGACGGCCAUGGAGAAGGUGAACCGUGCCAACGGAUGUCUGGUGGUAGUGCCUGGGACCCACAAGGGAACGCUGCUCCCUCACAGCUAUCCGAAAUGGGAGGGAGGCGUGAACAAAGCCUACCACGGCAUCCAGGAUUACGACACGUCGAUGCCGCGAUUGCAUGUGGAGAUGGAAGCAGGUGACACAGUGUUCUUCCACCCAAUACUCAUUCACGGAUCAGGAGCCAACAGAACUGAAGGCUUCAGGAAGGCGAUAUCGUGUCAUUAUGCCAACGACGACCUUUGCAGAUACAUUGACGUUAAAAAUUCCACACAAGAGGUGAGUUCUUCAUAA